AGAACUUUCCUAUGAACACAACCACGCAUUCCGACUGUUCCGAGUUGCCCAGGACGCACGACGGCAGACAGUCUGGAGCCUACCGCCUUAUCGUGACCUAACAACCGUCGUCGCGCAUCUGUCUGUUCUCUCGCACAGUUUGGUCCUGAUCAUAAGCGGCCAUGUUGACUCUAGCCAUUUUUGCGUCCUUUCUGGCAGUGGGACUGUGCUAUCCAUCAGGUCACGUGGGUGAUAGCAAGGAAGCGAGAAGGUUGUUCGGAAUAUCAGAUAAAGAUGGCGACAAUAUUCUGACACAACCCGAAUUUCAUGCCAUUUUUCUGGAGUUCGACUUAGAUUCGGACCAUCAGAUAACCAGCAAUGAGUUUGUGACAGACUGGGCUAUCAAGGACCUCGGGCCCCCAAGCGAAGCCAUCGUCCUUUUCCACAACAUCGACGUCAACAAGGACGGCGUCAUCACCGAGGACGUGGAUCUGCCCUACAUCUUCCACUACUUCGACCAAGACGAAAACAAGUCUGUCUCAGAAGCCGAGUUCGUCGUGCAGUGGGUGAAGAUGUCUGUGUCAUAGACCCAAGCAAGACAAGAUCCGAGUAUGUCCGAUCUAAGCUAAUAAAAAAUAACCUCGGUUAAAAAGAA